UUCUCAACAUCACACAAAGCAUGCCACUUUAGCCUCACCAAUUCAAAACUCUCUCUCUCAUCUUUCAAUGGCUUUCUCCUUUCUCUUUCCUUCCCAAAUUCUUUCAUUUUCUCUCUCCUCCAUUCCCACUUUCUCUCUCCUUCUAAAAUGCGCUUCCUCUGUAACUCCCAUUCCGCCAUUUCCACCUGCCGUUCAACCAACCAACACCAUAAACAACAACCAAUCAAACUAACUCGUUUCUCUUACUCCGCCCUCGAAACCGCCACCAAUGCCUUCUCCCCACGUGUCCUCCUCGGCAAAGGCUCUCACGGCGCCGUAUACCGCGCCGUCCUCAACAACAACACCCUCACCGCCGCCGUUAAAAAACCCACCUCAUCAUCGGAAACCGCCGAAAACGAGAUUGAAAUCCUCUCUAAACUCCAAACUCGUCGGAUCGUCAACCUUCUCGGGUACGCCGUUGAUCCUAACAAGAAGCUGUUACUUGUAGUUGAGUACAUGCCAAACGGUGCACUAUAUGAUCACCUCCAUAAACACGAAAAACCACCCGGGUUAGUAACCCGGGUUCGGUUUGCCUUACAAAUUGCGAAAGCUAUUCGGACUCUGCAUAGGUCCGACCCACCCGUUAUCCAUCGAGAUAUCAAGUCCUCUAACGUGUUGAUCGAUGAAAGGGAAAAUGCGAGGUUGGGUGAUUUCGGGCUCGCGAUUAAAGGACACGUGGAGGAUGUUCGCGUGAUGGCUACGCCACCGGCGGGGACGUUAGGGUAUCUCGACCCAAGCUAUCUUGCGCCAGGGGAUCUAAGCACAAAGAGUGAUAUCUUCAGCUUCGGAAUUCUUUUACUAGAGAUCAUAAGUGGGAGAAAGGCUAUCGAUAUUGACUAUUCUCCACCGUCGAUUAUAGACUGGGCUUUGCCUCUGAUCAAAUCCGGUGGAUAUCAAGGAAUUCUCGACCGUCGGAUUAAGUCGACGGUUGAUCAAACGGUGUUGAGAGAGUUAGCGUUGUUGGCGGCAAAAUGUGUUAGAUCAACAGCUGAGAAACGGCCACCUGUGUCGGUGAUCGUUGACUGUUUAAAGAAGAUAUAUAAAAGAGUCAAAGUUUAUGGGUUUCCUGUUUGGGGAAGAAUAAGACGGCGGCGCGUGAAACGCGUGGAAGGUUUACCGCCGUCGGAUGACGAGUUUGACGGCUGUGAUUGGGAGGAGGAGAGCAGUGUGGGAGGAAUAUAUAGGUUAAGGAAAGUAUCCAAUGUUGACUUGGUUGAUGAAGAGACGACACGUGUAUGCCAUCCAACGGUCAGAUCAAAGUCAAAAUCAAGAUCAAGAUCGAAGUCAGUUGGUGCAUUUAGGGAGUUGGUAAAAGUGGGGCCAGAAGUAGUAAGUAGUAAAAAGAGAGGUCAAGUAACAGUAAAAAUAUCAACAGUAAAAUUAAGUAAAUCAAGGUCGAUGGGAAUGUUAUAUAGUGGCCGCAGCGGCGGAGGUGGCGGCGGUGGUGGUGGUAAUAGGGUGAAGAAUCCACAUGGGAAGGAGGUGGAAGUGGAAGUGUUUCCAUUAUUAGUAAAGUGUAAUAGUAGUAAAUUAAGUGAAAUUCUAAAAUUAGAAAGUUAGGAGAGGUAGAGCUAUAUGCAUGAUUUCCAAGGUUGUAAGUUUGGGUUUGUGUGUGUAAUACUAAUAUUUUUUUAAUUUAUGAUUAAAGAGGGUAUGAUUUGA